AUGAUGGAUACCCAGAAGACUACAAAUGGUUUGCAAGUGAUUGGAGAAGGGACUGGUAUAGGGAAAUCGACACUCCACAUGGUGGGGUAUUUGGGAAAAAACUGUAAUCCUGUGGAAACAACUGCACAUGAAUAUUGUCCAGUCUGCAAAGAGAAGGGCCAGAUCCAAGUUUUACGGACUUACCGCAUUAAUUUUCAAGAGUCCAUUUUUCUUUGUGAAAAUCCUCAGUGUAUCUACCCACUUGGUUAUAAACCACUAAGCAGCAUAAUUACUUCUGCUGAUUCAGAAAAUCAUCAAGUUCCGUCUACUCAUAAGAAAAGGAAACUGUGUGACAUCAGUGACUUUUCUCCUGUUGAAUCACAUCCAAAAAAAGCAAGAACUAAUAAUGUGGUAAAUGUUGAGCACACUAUUAAUAGAGACCCUGUUGUCAAAUCCCAUCUGAAUAGUUUAUGUAUUCCCAAGUCAAGCCUACACGAUGUGUUACAAAAUGACCAGCAAAAACCAAGUAGCAAUGUGGAGUCCUGCAUCCAAAAGGUGGAUUUUGAAACAACCGCCAACACCAACAGCUAUCAAGAAAGUCCUCCUAAGACUUCUAGUCCCAGAGCACAACUCUUGCCAAAUCCUGAACUUUGCUCAACAACAUCUGAAAUUUUGCUCAAAGAUGAUAAAGGUUCCACUAAUAACACAGAUUUAUGUCUUCAGUGGAGAAACAUGCAUAAUCUUUGUUGGUUAGAUUGUAUUUUGUCAGCACUGGUACACUUAGAAACAUUAAAAUUUGCUCUAGCAGAAGAAUAUAAUGAUGGAAAAUGUUUACUCCAGAAACUCAUAACAAAAUAUAAUCAGGCAACUAUGCUUCUGAAUACCUGUAAAAGGAGUAAAGUAAAAGAUGUUCUUCCAAAAGCAGAAUCUCAUCUCAAUGAAAUCAGAAACGGAAUGUUCACACAGCUACAGCCUCAGCUUAAGUGUGAAUUGGGUAAGAAGGAGAGUCCAGUGUUUGCACUCCCUCUACUCUUAAAACAGGAUCAACAAGCUGAGAAACUGUUCUUGUAUUCAUUUUCAUGGAAGUUUGAAUGUGCAUAUUGUGGCUACAAAUACCAAGAUCGAUUUAGGAAAACACUGACAACAUUCACAAAUGUAAUCCCUGAUUGGCAUCCACUUAAUGCUAUUCAUGUUGGACCAUGUAAUAACUGUAGUGAUAGAUCUCAAAGAAGACAGAUGAUCUUGGAAAAAGUACCCUCAAUAUUAAUGUUACAUUUCAUAGAAGGCUUGCCACAUAACAACCUGAAGAACUAUUCAUUUCGGUUUGAAGAUGACACUUACCAAAUAACUGCUAUUGUUCAGUAUCAAACAGAUAAGAAGCACUUCAUAACCUGGUCUUUGAAUCCUGAUGGAACUUGGCUUGAAUGUGAUGAUUUAAAGGGUCCAUAUUGCAAGAGACAUAAAAGAUUUGAAGUUCCUUCUUCAGAGAUUCAUAUUGCUAUCUGGGAAAAGAAAACAUUCCAUGUGCCAGAAGAACUGAAUUCACAGUUCCAGAGUAAAAAUACUGAAGAUUUUCCUCUUGAUAAUGUACAGUCAAAUUCCCCAGUGUUGCAUUGUGGUUUUGAUAACACUGUAGACAAAAUACCUGCAGAACAUUGCAAAGAGGAUUCUGUGAGAACUCCAGUUGAGAAACAGCAGCAGGUAGCUGAGGAUGAAAGUAGCAUUCAUCAUGGUUUAGAAAAUCUGGCACGUAAUGAUCUUGUAACACUGAUGCUUGAAGAAAUUCAAGUUGACUCAGAAGGUAAAUCGCUGUCGAAUGGACAGACGGUGGGAAAUAACCUUGUUGAAAUGGGCACACCACAACAGGGGGAAUUAGCUUUUUCACCUAACACUCCGUAUACAGGAGAGUUUGCUGGAACUAGUCUAGCUGUGAACAACAAGCGCACAUUAUAUCAAAAUUCCAGCAUUUGCUUGCCUCUAGAAUUGCACCCAGCAAAUAUUACUCCUCCUGUGCCCAAAAACCGCUCCCCUGACCCAUCUGGCUCAUUGCUUGCUCAAAGAACAGAUGACAGAACUAAUUUACCUAACAGAGAACAUGGAUUAAAUUCAGAACUACAGCUAAACAAGAAGUUGUCACCAGCAGAGAAUAUUAAGCAAAAAUCACCUGACUUGAAAGAUGCAAGCAAAAUUGUAGUUAAUUCUCAGGUUGCCAAUUCUGCUGCUGCCAAUAAUUCCUUUCAGCCUUCACACAAAGACCAAAAAAGAGGAUUUGUAGGAAGCUGGGUAAAGAAAUUAUUAAGCAAGAAUACUUCUUUUAUGCCUUCAAGUGCCUCAGCUCUCAAGAAUGAGAGAAGUUGCAAAACUCCCUCAAUGCAAAAAAUAAGUGAAGUGUGGUUGCCAGUUAAGGGAGCAAGUAACUUUGGUGGAUUUCAAAGCAGAGGUACAAACAAAACAACUGAGACCCUGAAGUCAGUGGUUCCUCAGAGUAAUAAUACUCAUCCUUUAUCAAAUUCCAAAGGAUUUUCUCAAAGCACUCGUCUUCCAAAAGCAAGUCAUGCCACUAUUGAAGGUCCAACUUGGAAUAAGUCAGGAAGUACGUCAGGUACCUCAGGUAAAGUGACUCAGUUCCAUUCACCUAGCUGUAACUCUGGGAAGGCAGAAGAGUCAGAUAGUGACAAAACAAAAAAACUUCGCCUGAAACUGUUAAAAAAACUUAAUGCUAAAAAGAAGAAGUUGGCUUCACUGGAUAGGCUAGCAGGGGAACAGAUGAAACGUGAAAAAGCUGUGAGUGGAGAUGUAAGCACCCCAUCACAGACUGAAUCUCACAAUGACAGUGAAUUUUUGCAGAGCUUUUUAAGGGAACUGCAGUAUCAGAUUGAUGUCGCAGAUAAUGAAUCUGAAUUUAAUGCGAACUCCGUAUCAGGGUGCACUAGCCAUAGUAACAGUGAUGAAAUACUGGCAGAAUUACUGUCCUCUACUUCAACUGUUGCUUCCUUAGAGGCUCCAAAAAGUGAAGAUGAAUGCAUGUAUAUGGAAAUGGUAGAUAGCAGUGUUGCAACAACGGCAUCUGAUGAGAAGAGCAGUGUGCCACGUGCGGCAAUGACAAGCGAGGACCACAAUUAUUACAGUCCUGUAAAGGACAGUAAUUCAGAACUUCAUACAAUAAGCAAACCCAGCAUGAAGAAUCUUACUUUUGAAAGUCCUACAAGGGAAGAUAUCCUUGAAGACCUGUUCUCCAUUUCAGCACCAAGCUCAAUGGCAGGUGACAUCGAUUUACCUCAUUUUGAUGAAACUCUGUUCGAAACUUGGUAAAUAUUCGGUUUCUUGGUUUUAAGUAUUCUUCAGUAUUAUGUAUAUUUUGAAACAAAGCACUAUUAAAUUAUGUUUUCUAACUAAUUUAAUUGCACACUGGCUGUACUUGAACAGUUGUACAUUUGAGGUAUUUUUUUCUGAAAAUUCUAUUGUAGC